GUACAUUGAAUUCAACCACUGGGAGUGUGGUAUGCAAGAGAGCUAAGUCAGAAGCCAUGUAUGAUUGGUCAGGUUACCUCUGGGGUGGCCCCACCUCCUGAGAGGGAGCUGAUGGUGGCAGCCAAGGGUGCCUGGAUGGGAGCAUGGAAUUGGGGCACAGCUGCACCCAUCAUGUCCAUCUCAGGCCAAGACUAACAGUUGUGUUGAUUGCUUGACAGGGUGUGCCAGGACCCGCAGGCCCUGCUGGACCUAAAGGAGCACCAGGGGACGCCGGGCUCCCAGGACAGGCGAUUGUCGGUCCUCCUGGGAUGAAAGGCGAGAAGGGUGAACCCGGAGGGAUUGAAGGGCACCUGCUGGGGGAACCGGGUGCCAAGGGCGAGCGAGGCUUACCAGGCCCCAGGGGAGAGAAGGGGGAUCCUGGAAGAGAGGGGGAGCCUGGAGACCCUGGGGAAGAUGGAGCCAAAGGAUCCCCUGGAGUCAAAGGGGAAAAGGGUUUGGUUGGCAUUGGCCUGCAGGGACCCCCUGGACAAGAUGGACCUCAAGGUUUGAAGGGUGACACUGGCUUACCUGGCCCACCAGGAUCCCCGGGCUUGCCAGGCAUCGCAGGGACCCCCGGCCAGCCAGGUCUGAGGGCAGAAAAUGGACAGCCAGGCCCACCAGGACCUCCAGGAGAGAGGGGUUUGAUUGGCUUCCCUGGAAGAGAUGGCACCUCUGGAUCACCAGGGCCGCCGGGGCCCCCAGGGCCAGCAGGGGCACAAGGCGUCCCAGGACUGAAGGGUGACAAGGGGAACGUGGGAGUUGGACAGCCGGGCCUGAGAGGCGAGCGAGGAGACCCAGGGCCACGGGGUGAAGACGGACGCCCGGGGCUGGAGGGAGAUCGUGGGCCUGCGGGGCCUCCCGGAAACCGAGGGGAGCGUGGCGACAAAGGAGACAUUGGAGCUAUGGGGCCCAAAGGAGACAAGGGUGAUACUGUCAUUGUGGAGGGGCCAGCUGGAGUCCGGGGGAGCAAGGGGGAGCCGCCCCUGGGUCAUCCUCCUUGCGCUGUCAGAGGACUGACACCCUGCAACCUCUGCUCUUUCCCCUGCCCAGGGAGA